AUGCGGCUCUCAAAUGUUUUAUCUACGCUGUUAUGGUUUCCUUGUCCUCUAGUCUUUGGGUUUUGGGAUUUUGGUACAUCCACCAUUAGUUGGUCGACUUGGCGUGCAGAUUGGACAGCUCGACAAAGUAGGUUCAGAUGGCAAAAAUCUGAAUCUGACAGUUUUCGGUUUUAUUUCCCUUGGUGGAAUUGGUAUGAAUUGGAGUUUAGAAGAAGGUUAUAUUGCGUAUGUGGAAUAAGUUAUGAGAUGCUGAAUCUUAGUACGGGUGCAUUACUAAAUAGAAGAACUGUGCUUACCGCUGCAAAUUGCUUAGAACCAUAUAUAAAAGAUCCGUUAAUGCUGCGCAUAUGGGCGCUAGGUAAUAAAGGUGAACACAUAACUCCAUUUAGAUACCGCGCUUGGAGGGUAACAAGAAUGUAUCCCAGAAGCGUCAAUCCAGAACAUCAACACGGACCCUUUGCGUACCACUCACCAAGACAUGACGUAAGCGUGAUUCAUACAAGGGACCAAAUGUAUAUCACAUCAAAAAUUUCUUGGAGGUAUCAUUAUCCUUACAGAGCUUUUCUUCCCACCUAUACUAUGAUUUAUUUAUCAGAUUUACAGUUCAUGGUAGGCUCCGGAUAUGAAUAUCUAGAACACAUCUAUGAAAAUUAUAAAAUAUUUUUUACUCACUUAAGCAAGAGUAUUGUACGUGAUUGCUCAGAGCUGCUUCCAAAAUGGUGGGGUAAAUUUAUAUGUAUGACAAAUACACUUAGUUUGCCUGGUGUACAAAAUGGUGGUGGGUUGUAUGAUUACCAUGUGGUUAUUGGACUCGGGUGCUUUGAAAUCCGCUAUAACGAAGACAAGAUGUUUGUGUUUACUGACCUAAGAUAUUACGUCCUUGCUAUAUAUGCUCUUGCUCAUAUCGAACCUGGCGAGUAUUAUGAGUAUGCAUAUCCACAAUGGAGCGUGCAAACUGGUUGGUUUGGUAUGUUCGACUGGUCUGGAAAUAAUCCCUAUAUACCUUCUUGGCAAAUAAAAAAUGACAUGUAUCCUAUGGGUAAGUAA